AUGGCAAAGUCCGCCCAAGCUGAGGGUGGGGUUAAGACCCCAAAGGUGUACUGGACGUUGUACAAAUAUCAGAGGGUUAAGCAUGGGGUUGGGCAUGUUGGGAAGACUCGACCGAAACCUGCAGUCAACAAGGAAGGAGAUGAUGCCGAAGCGGGAGAGAAGAAGGGUGCUGUUCAGGGGUUGGUGAAAGAGGUUGUAGAUGAGGUGGAGAUUGCCCAGAGGGAGAUGCUGGAGGAGUUGAAGAGUUGGGACGAACAUGCGAGACUGUCGAAUUUGUGGGGGAAGAUGGUUGUUACUGCGGGUGUUGAAUAGGGGUGUGUGCUGUGGGCUGAUUGAAAGUUGAGGAAGAGGAGGAUGAUUGAAAUCGUAAAUCAAGAUGAUGUCUGAGAGGGUGAAGGGAAUGGAGGUUUUGGGGGAAGCUCUUUGAAGAUUCGGGGUGUUGAACAUUUUGACGCUGGCCGAUUAGGUAUGCGGAAUCAGAAACUGAGGACGCUCGUGACCCUUCACGUUUUGGCAGCGGUUUGGGUCCUGUUGUCUCCAAGCCUUUAAUAACGCGAAUGGGAAUAAAAAGAAAGUUUGUUAAGUAUUUUUAGCAGCUGAAUGAUGUGAUCUAGGAUUGGGAUAAGCCAAUAACUUGAUGGGG